GGUUCCCGUCUCUUCCGCUUCCAGCUGACGGCUGUGCACCUCGUGGAUUCUCACUACUGCACAGACCCAGCCAAGUUCAUUUCGGUACUGUGUACCUCCCUGGCCACCAUGCUGCACGUGGAGCUGCCUCACGUCAACCUCCUCUCCAAGAUGGACCUCAUCGAGCACUACGGGAAGCUGGCCUUCAACCUGGACUACUACACAGAGGUCCUGGACCUCUCCUACCUGCUCGACCACCUGGCUUCUGACCCUUUCUUCCGCCACUACCGCCAGCUCAAUGAGAAGCUGGUGCAGCUCAUCGAAGACUACAGCCUGGUCUCCUUUAUCCCUCUGAACAUCCAGGACAAGGAGAGCAUCCAGCGAGUCCUGCAGGCUGUGGAUAAAGCCAAUGGCUACUGUUUUGGAGUCCAAGAGCAGCGAAGCCUGGAAGCCAUGAUGUCUGCAGCAAUGGGAGCUGACUUCCAUUUCUCCUCCACGCUGGGCAUCCAAGAGAAAUACCUGGCACCCUCGGACCAGACAGUGGAGCAGGAAGCCAUGCAGCUCUAGCUGCGGGCUGAGCCCUGGAAAACAGGGUCCAUAACCCAGCACUGGGGAAGCAGAGGCUCCCAGUGGGCAGUGAGCGCUGGCCAGCUUAGCGGGCACAGACCCAGGAGCAGUCUUCUGAGCCAGAGCCGGGAUGCUGGCACGGGGCCAUCCAGCGAAGGGUUUCUGGCCAGAAAGCCAGACGUGGCGCCGAGCGGAGUGCCCACCACACCCUCCGCAGUGCCCGGGAGCCGUGGGCCCUGGCACCAGGAGCUGAACAGUGGCCCCGCUUGGGCUGUGCUGGAAAGUGCUACAAUAUAAGAGUUUAUUUUCUGCUUUUUUGUGGCUGAAAAAGUUUCUUCAAUCCUCCAGGCUGAGGGAGCUUGGGCAGAGCGAAGGGGAUGUCACCCUCCCUUGGAAGAGUCCCAUUCAUACCGACAGUGUUUCCCAAGCACCUAAUGUGUCAUCCUAGAGGCUGGCUUCCUCCCUCCCCUCCCCUCCUCUCCCCUCCUCUCCCCUUUCCUCUUUUGAAUGAUUUUUUUGGAAACAGUACAACAGAAAUGUCCCAUCUUCCACUAACUCCCCAGAUGCCUGCAGUAGCCAGAGCUGGGCCAGGCUACAGGAACCAGAACUCAAUCCAAGUAUUGAAGUCGCCACCUGCUGCGCCCCCAGGUGCACAUCGUCAGGAAGCUGGAUGCAGAAGCGGAGAACUCAAACCCAGGCACUUCGUACGGGAUGUGCAGGUCCCAAACGACAGCUCCGGGCCGAGCCCGCCCCAUCUGCUGGAGAACUGAGGGUCUCCAGUCGUGCGUUUUGUUAAUCCCCAUUGUAUCGGGGAGCCUCAAGCUCCACCUUUUCCAGGCAACACGUCCUACUUAUUUUAAAAAUAUUUAUUUAUCUGAAAAAGAGAGAGAGGGAGAGCUCUUCCAUUCACUCAUUCACUCCCCAAAUGGCCACAAUGGCCGGGGCUGGGCCAGGCUGAAGCCAGGACUUCUUGGUCUCCCACAUGGGUGCAGCAGGACUGGGCUGUCUUCUACUGCUUUCCCAGGCACAUUAGCAGAGGUGAAGCAGCCGGGACUCGAACUGUUGCCGACGUGGGAUGCCAGCACUGCAGGCAGCUAACCCACUGCACCACAACACCAACCCCCGUCCUAUUUAAUAUUUUAUUUUGUAUUUCAUAGUUUUGCUCUUUUUGGCAGGUUUCAGCCUAAUUUUACACUUAUGACAAUAAUUAUAAGUUCACCUCAAAGAUGCUAUUUCUACAAACCGAGUUGGUUAAAGGAAAAUGUAAAGUGUAUGAUAUAACAGUUACAAAGGUGUGGCAAAAUUGAGAUUGGUUUUGCUCUUGCCGCUGGUCAGGUACAGUACAUAUUUUGAGCCAGUAGGUGGCGUCCCCGACUUACUUUUUACAAUUACAACCUGGAGACAGCUGGGGAAGGUGGUUGUGCACAUUUGGGGCCUGUUAACAGCUGAAGCUGUGGUAUUUUACAGAGAGCUUCCACACAUCUCACCCUUGAUGGUUCUCACGGCAACUCCUCGAGUUAGACAGUCGGGAAUAUCACUGUGCCAUUACCCAAAAGAUGGAGUGAUGGGGACAGGGAGUGACGGAGAGAUCUUCCAUUUGGUGGUUCACUCUCCAAAUGCCUGCAGUGGCCAGGAGUAGCCCAGCAAGAGCCAGGGUCUCCAUCCUGGUCCCCUGUGGGGGUGGCAGGGACCCAAGAGCUCAGGCCAUCAUCUACUGCCUCCCAGGCCUACAGCAGGAAGCUGGAACUGGAACCAGCAUUCCCAGUGUAGGACGCAUGCGACCCAAGUGGCGGCCUACUGCUCAGCACACAAUGCCCACCUGGCACCUCUUUUUGUGGAAAUGAGACCAAAAGGUGAAGAUUUGAACUUGAGUUGGCCCAGCUCUCUUUCAUAGCCUGCCUUGCUGACUGAAUUGUGAAUGUGGCGUCUGUGGUUGACUUAGUGGUGAAACGUCUCCGCCCUCGCUGGACAGAAUCUAGCCAUCGACAGAAAGAACUGGGGCACCUAAAAUGUAUAAGUUAAGGGAAAGGUAGGUCACUGGUGGUUUGAGCCGCUGGAGAAUUCCAUUUGGGAAAAUACUCUGCCAGCACUGACACAGGGCUAACAGCCUUGCCUGCCAGUGUCGGGAGCUGGAGCUGAAGGCAGAAGAGUGGGCGCUGCGGGGAGGCCGCUGUGGCUGGGACGGUCUGAAAGCCGGCCCGGCUCCCACGCCUGGCUGCAGAGGGGAUAAUGAUGGGGUGCUGCUUCCCCAGCCUCUUUCAUCUGGACUUCAAAGCACCUCAGCCCUAUUAACACCCUGUACAGCAGGUGGGGAGUUCCAGCAGAGCAAGCCAGGGAAACUGAGGCCAGGAGGCACCGCCUGGGGCUGGCUGUGAGUCACCUGUGGGGCCUGGAGCCCAGGAAUCCUGACGCCGGGGCUGCUGAACAAAUCCCUCAUCAGGGCGUGCGGGUUUCUUAAGACAGCACCAAUAGCUGCGGUCAGGAGUUCUGAUGCUGGCCCGUCGGUGAGGCCCCAGCUGUCACCAGAAUGGCCCAGAUGGGGCUGGAAGGCGUCACCGCGGACUUCAUGACCUCAUGUGCAGGCCCCCAGCAUUUAGCCUCUGUAGUCACUUCAGGCUUUGGUGUGACUGCAGAUGUAUCUGCUUCCCCCAAUAAAUGGAGCUUCCAUCUCCCGCUGA